AUGCGCUUCCAGACGCAGGCCUGGCCUGCAGAAGCUUCCACUGCUAUCACGUGCUUUACAAGAGGACUUGACCUUAGAAAGGAGACAGAUGAUGUCCUUUGUCCAGCAAACUGUCCUUUAUGGCAAUUUUAUGUCUUUGGGGAUGGAGUUUAUGCCUCUCUUUCCAGUAUCUGCGGAGCUGCCAUACACUGGGGAGUGAUCACCAGUGCAGGAGGAGCUGUAAGGGUACAGACUCUCCCAGGACAGGAAAACUACCCUGCUGUAAAUGCCAAUGGGAUCCAGUCUCAGGCGCUCACUAGAUGGGCUUCGUCUUUCUCAGUGACUCGUACCAAGAACACAGCGCUUGAAGCAGUUGGGCGAUCAGUAUCAACAGCACGUCCUUCUACAGGUAAAAGACCUAAGAAGCCACUUGAUAAAAAGGCUGGAAACAAAGACUGUAAAGCUGAUAUUGCAUUUCUCAUUGAUGGAAGUUACAACAUUGGCCAACGUAGAUUUAAUUUGCAGAAAAACUUUAUUGGAAAAGUAGCUGUGAUGUUGGGAAUUGGAACAGAAGGGCCUCAUGUUGGAGUUGUACAAGCCAGUGAACAUCCAAAAAUUGAAUUCUAUCUGAAAAACUUCACUGCUGCGAAAGAAGUUUUGUUUGCCAUAAAGGAACUAGGGUUCAGAGGCGGCAAUUCUAAUACAGGGAAAGCUUUGAAGCACACAGCUCAGAAAUUCUUCUCUUUAGAAAAUGGAGCACGCAAAGGAAUUCCCAAGAUCAUUGUAGUGUUCCUAGAUGGCUGGCCCUCAGAUGAUAUAGAAGAAGCCGGCAUAGUGGCCAGAGAAUUUGGAGUCAAUGUAUUCAUUGUAUCUGUAGCGAAACCCACAACAGAGGAGCUGGGAAUGGUACAAGACAUUGGGUUUGUUGACAAAGCUGUCUGUCGAAACAACGGCUUCUUCUCUUACCAAAUGCCCACCUGGUUUGGUACUACCAAAUACGUGAAACCUCUUGUCCAAAAAUUGUGUUCACAUGAGCAGAUGUUGUGUAGCAAGACAUGCUACAACUCCGUCAACAUUGGUUUCUUGAUAGAUGGUUCCAGCAGCAUUGGAGACAGCAACUUCCGCCUUGUGCUUGAAUUCAUCAGCAACGUUGCAAAGGCUUUUGAGAUCUCUGAUAUUGGUUCCAAGAUUGCAGCUGUGCAGUUCACAUACGAUCAGCGUACCGAAUUCAGCUUCACAGAUUACACCACGAAAGAAAAGGUCCUCUUAGCUAUCCGGAACAUUCGCUACAUGAGCGGUGGCACUGCUACCGGUGAUGCCAUUUCUUUCACAACCAGAAACGUGUUUGGGCCAAUGAAAGAUGGACCUAACAAAAACUUCCUCAUUGUUUUGACUGAUGGUCAGUCUUAUGAUGAUGUCAGAGGACCAGCUGCCGCUGCACAAAAAGCAGGGAUAGUAGUCUUCUCUGUCGGUGUUGCCUGGGCACCUCUGGAUGAUCUGAAAGACAUGGCUUCUGAACCGAAAGAAUCUCAUACUUUCUUCACUAGGGAGUUCACAGGAUUGGAGCAGAUGGUUCCUGAUAUUAUUAGAGGCAUCUGUAAAGAUUUUUUGGACUCUAAACAAUAA